CCACCACCCUCUCUCACACACACUCACUCCCCUUUCUCUCUCUCUCUCUCUCGUGUUGUGUUGUCUUCCCGUCUCGAUCUCUCUCUGUCCUUUCCGGCUGUCAUCUCUCCUCAUCUCUCUCUCACCUCCUCCCCCUCUUCUUUCUCUUCUCUCUCUCAGCUCUCGCCCUCCGUACUAACAAUUCAUCCAUGUACCCUUCCAUUAGCGCUAACCCUAUUCCUCAACGCUUAUAUUAACCAUUAUCAUCAUCCUGAACCUAACCCUCCACCUUACCCCUAAACCAACUCUAACCGUUAACCCUGAACCCAGCCCCUACAAUUAUUAACCUUAUUCCUAAACGUACCUUUUACCCUCGCCCCUAACCCUGAACUCCACCGUCACCUUAACCCCUUCUAACCCCAACUGCGACCCACGCCGCAAGAGAGCACCUGGGAGCCGGUUCAAAGUGCCACCGCUCUCUCUCUGUGUGUGUGUGGACUGUAUAUGGGGGCAGUCCUAUAGAGACUGCAUCGAGCCUAGACGAGCAUCGGCACAUGGAGGUGGAGGAGACGACACCCGGCUCCACGUGAUACAGCGAGUAACGUGACGCCACACAGUGUCCGCUUGCUGUCGGAAGGGGAAGAGGGAGGAGAGAGAAGACAACUACUCAGAGGCGAGGGGAGGAACCCACAGACAAGCAGCAAAGCCACACGAGUCCAUCCUAUUCGGUUUACCCGACACGGACUGUUGAAGCCGUGGUGGUGGCAGUGCUGCUGGCGGUGCCUGGUCGCGGUGAAGACGGCGACGACGGUGGCGGCGACGACGGUGACGACGGUGGCGUCUGUGGGCGGGCCAUGGCGUGCUGGUGGGGGCGGCUGUGUGCGCCGCGCGUGUACCCCGUCGUCCCCGACGGCGGCUGGGGCUGGGUGGUGGUGGGCGCCCUCUUCUCCAUCAGCGCCGUCACCAUCGGCUCGUUCAAGGCGUACGGCGUGUUCGUGCCGGAGCUCAUGGCGCACUUCGACACGCACGCGCGCGGUGUCUCCUGGAUCUUCUCCAUCUGCAUGUUCGUUGUCGCCUUCUGCGCCCCCGUCACCACGGUGCUGGGCAACCGCUUCUCGCCGCGCGCGGUGGUGAUGGUCGGCGGCGUCAUCACCAGCGUGGGCACCAUGAGCACGGCGCUGUCGCACACCCUGACGCACGCCUACCUCACCCUGGGGCUCGUCACCGGCCUGGGCAUCUCGCUGAGCACGCUGCCCUGCUACUCGGCGCUCUCCUGCUACUUCGAGCGGCGCCGAACCCUCGCCAUCGCGCUCGCCACAACCGGCGAGUGCCUGGGCACCUUCGCGUUCGCGCCUGGCUUCCAGCGUCUCAACGAGGCCGUGGGCUGGCGCCAUUCCUUCCUGGUCAUCGGCGCUGGACAGGCGAUCAUCGUGGCUUGUGGAGUGUUGCUCCGGCCGCUGGAGCUGCGAGCGCCGUCACCUGCCGACCGGCCGGGCCGGCGCCAACCCUGCACCGACGACGGUGCUGCCGUCACCGCCGCUGCCACAAUCGUCAUCAUGCGGGAGAACGAGCAGACGCGGACGACGGUUCACUCCGACGACUCGGGCGUCUGCGUGCAGCUGCCGCCACCAGCGACGGCGGCGUCGCUGUUCUUUCCGGCGCCGGCACAACCGCUCGUUGCCGACGACUUCUGUGCCGGCGGAGACGAGGAGGAAGAGGAAUUCGACGAGGGCGGUUGCUCCAAAGCGGCGUCGAUUUGGAGCGACGACGAAGCUGGCGCCAACAACGCGAACGACGACGGAAGAGAAGAGCCGGCACCCGCGGCAAUGACCUUACUCGACCUCUCGGUGCUGCGAGAGCCCGGCUUCGCCUGCUACGCGCUCUUCGGCGCCUUCAUCUCCUUUGGAUUCUUCCCGCCGGGGCUCUUCCUGGUGCCGCUGGCGCUGGACGCCGGCGUGCCCGCUACCGAGGCCACUUACCUCCUGUCGGCGAUGGCCGGCGCCGAGCUGGUGGGCCGCUCGGCCGCCGGGUGGCUCUUCUCGCGCCCGCUGGCGCUGCCGCGCGUUUACCUCGAGCUGGUCUGCGUGUGCGCCGUCGCAGUGGCGCUUUUCGCCUUCCCCGUGGCGGCCGUCGGCAGCGGCGGCGGCGGCGGCUGGGGGCGGCCGAUGGCGGCUCUGGCGUCGUGUAGCGCCGCCUUCGGCCUGGCGUUCGGCGCCGUCGCCGGCACGCACGUGUCCGUGCUGGCCGAGCCCGAGGUGGUGGGGCCGGGGCGCUUCUCCUCGGGACUCGGGGUCUACGUGUUCGUGCAGAGCUUCUCCGGGCUGCUGGGGCCGCCCCUCGCCGGCUGGCUGGUCGACCUGGCGGACGAAGACUACCUCAUGGCGUUCUACACCUCCGGCGUUGCCGUGGCCCUUGCCGCCAUUUGCAUCGCGCUCGUGCGGCCAUGCGCUCUCGAGUUUGGCGGCGGACUUAAUUACGUUCAGCGGCAGCGGCGACGGCACCGGCGUUGCUGUGGCGGCAGCUGCUGCUACCGACGUAACCGCAAGCAGCAAGACAACGGAAGUAGCAGCAGCAGCAGCACGGGCGUUAACGCCAACCCUGGCGUCCUGGCGUUUGCGAUGCCGUUCGCCGACGACGCCGCCGCCGCCACCACCGAGCUGCUGGAAUACCGGAGCGGAGCGGUCGUGCUUCGUGCCGACAGCGCGGAGUUCCUCGAGACGGACCUGCAAGACGCCGUUCGCAAGUGAAACCGCCCCCUCUUGCCCCGCGUGCAGCUGGUGGCACCCGAGGACCACAAAAACAAACGUUUUUUUUUUGGUGGCCUUGUAGCUGGCACACAGGACUCGUGUCCCAGGCUGUCUUAUACGAGUCUGAAGAUCGCAUAAUUAAAAAAAAAACAACAACAGAGGCUUCGCCUUUUGGGACGCAUCUUCUUCCUUUAACCGACACACGGGGCCAACGUCGCCAUGACUCAGAGGGUUCGUCGUCAUCCCUGGGGUGCCGCCAGUUAAGCCGCGCCAAGUUACCGUCGGUCGCUCACUGCCCUCCCAACACCUCGUCUCUUAACGACCCGCAAAGUCGUGAUAACAAAACCAGCUCCAGUGGCGCUGGGCAGGAAUGUAAGAUGGCUUCAGUCAUGGUUGGAGGAAGUGGUGCUUGUUCAGCUGGGUUGACAGCUAUUCUUUUUAUUUCAGGAAUGAUUUAUGGUUUGUUUACAAUUUAUAAACGUUAUGGAAUCUGACCCAAAUGUUUACAGCUCCAUUGAUUUUACCGAAAAUAAGUGAAUCACCUCGCCGACCCUGCCACCCCCCCCGUCCCCCCACCAACGCACACCCACAAAAUUUGUCGCUGGACCCUUUCAAAUACCAAACGACAAACUGAACGCACGCGGGUGAAUUGGCGGUAUCAGCGGUCAGUCGGCAGCUCGUUUUCAGUGGCCCGGAUCCACGUACAAAAUCAACAGGAUUGUCCGGGUCAUGAAGCAAGCACAGCCAUAGCAGCGUCUGCACAAUGAGCGGUGGGGGGGGGGGGGGGGCGGGCUCGAGUCCCACUUUUAAAGAACAAUAACUUUGGUCGAAAAAUGAAGUGUGCACCUCCUGAAUUUUUUUAGCCAAUUUUUUUUUGUUGCUCCUCCAAGCCGUGCCUUUGUCCUCCUUAGAAAAUAAUCUUUAAGUUGAAUUUCGCCGUUUCUGGGAGCCAUUCGAGGCCGCUCGUCGGUGAACGGCGACUUGCACCUCCCAAGUGCACUUACACGGUCCAUCGUUUGUCAAUAUGUAAGUUGAAAUUAUUUUUUUUUUAAAUAUGCGCCUUGCUGGUCCGCACUUAAAGCCGCGAGUUUUUUGUCGCGACGUCCGAACGCACUUCCACGAGAGUCAGGGUCCUCGCGAGACUCGAGUUUUAAUUUCCGUAACGACAAUGACGGCUUCAGACACUUGAAUUUUUAAUCGAGUAAUGUAUUGCGAAGUCAUAGAGGCACUUUUGUUCGCCUUGUCAUGAAUCCGCUUUGCGUCUCAGCGCGGUAGUUGAAAUUAGUUUUUAAACUUUGUUUCGAACGCAUGUCACACCGACCCGUUGCAUCUUCUUAUUUCUAACGAGGAUCGACUUUGCGUGCAACUCGCGUGUCAGUCGUCGGCGUGCAUCGCACACUUAUUUAAUGUUCAAACGUGAAACGGCACACUGGAGGCAUUUGCGUUGAAAUAAAGGAUGAUGAAACGCAAA